GGCGGGGGAGGCAGCGGUACUCCCAGCGCGCUAGCUGGAGACGGAGACGCGGAAGAGGCCGAGGACUUCACGUCCUCCUCCCACUGCUCGGAGCUGUCACGGCGGCAGAACGACCAGAGGAAGCAGGGUUUGUUCUGCGACGUGACGCUGGCCUUCAGCAGCGGAGCCGCCACGGGGAACGUACAGAGCUGCGAGUUUUCGGCCCACAGGUCGGUGCUGGCGGCGGCUACCGACUACUUCACGCCGCUGCUGGGUGGACAGUUCUCAGAGUCGCUGUCCGGACGGGUGGAGAUGAAGGAGUGGAGCUCCGAGCUGGGGCCGGACCCCGAAACGGUGGAGAGCGUCAUCCAGUACAUGUACACGGGAGAAAUACGAGUGAGCACCUGCAAUGUGCACGAAGUCCUGGAGCUAGCAGAUAGGUUUCUCCUGGUGCAGCUGAAAGAUUUCUGUGGCGAGUUCCUCAAGAAGAAGCUGAGCCUGACCAACUGCGUGGCCGUGCACAGCCUCGCCCACAUGUACACGCUGGACCAGCUGGCCCUGCGAGCCGCCGACAUGAUCCGCCGCAACUUCCACAAGGUCAUCCAGGAUGAGGAGUUCUACACCCUGCCCUUCCACCUGGUCCGCGACUGGCUCUCGGACGCGGAGAUCACGGUGGAUUCGGAGGAGAUGCUGUUUGAGGCGGUGGUCAAGUGGGUGCAGAAGAACCCGGAGGAGCGAAGCCGCUAUUUUGAAGAACUGUUCCGCCUCCUCCGGCUGCCCCAGAUCAAACCCACCUACCUGACCAGAGUGGUGAAAACCGAACGCCUGGUGGCCGCCAACGAAGCCUGCCUUCAGUUGGUAUCGGCGGCUGUGGAGGGGCACGCCAUUCGCUUCGAGAACCUCAAGUCGGCUGAUCUGGAGUUCUGGUCUUCCCACAUGGCGUCCUUUCAGCCUCGCUUCGGCCAAAACAUGGACGUCAUCAUGGUCGUCGGUGGAGUCUCGGAGGGCGGAGACUAUCUGAGCGAGUGCGUGGGUUACUUCAUCUACGAGGACCGAUGGGUCAACCUUCCUCACAUCCACAACCACCUGGACGGUCACGCCAUCGCCACCACAGAGUCGCACGUCUACGUCGCCGGUUCCAUGGAGCCGGGCUUUGCCAAGACGGUGGAGCGCUACAACCCCAAUCGCAACACUUGGGAGCAAGUUAGCAACCUGACGACACGCAAGCACUCGUUCGGCUUGACCUGCAUCAAGGACAUUUUGUACAGCAUCGGCGGACACGGAAACUUCAGCCCGGGCUUCAAAGACGUCAGCGUGUACGAGCCGGAGCAGGACAAGUGGCACAAUCUGGAAUCCGCCCCCAAAAUCCUGCGAGACGUGAAGGCUAUCAGCGUGGAGGACCGCUACGUUUAUGUGACGGCGCGCACGCCCGUGGACACAGAUAACGAGGACGGAUUGAAGACAGUGACCACUCGCUACGACACGGAGAGUCGCCAGUGGCAGGACGUCGACUCUUUACCGCUGAUUGACAACUACUGCAUUUUCCAAAUGGCCGUCGCUUCCACUAACUUCUACCACACGGCGUCCUGUUGUCCGAAAAGCUACUCCGUACGGGACGAAGUGGCGCGGCAGAAGAUCAGCGCGCGGAUCUCCGACGAGAUCUUGGAGAGCCUGCCGCCCGAGGUCACCAGCAUCGAGGGCGCCGCCAUCUGCCACUUCGACGAGGACGUCUUCAUCAUCGGAGGCUGGAAGAACAGCGACGACGUGGACAAGCAGUACCGCAAGGAGGCGUACCGCUACUGCGCCGAGAGGAAGCGCUGGAUGCUGCUGCCGCCGAUGCCCCAGCCGCGCUGCCGGGCCACCGCCUGCCACGUCCGCAUCCCCUACCGCUUCCUGUACGGCUGCCAGCGCUACCCCAUGCCCCAGAACCUGGCCCGCCAGCGCGAUCGCAUGCAGCAGAUGCAGCAGCUGCACCGCCGCACGCUCACACUGCGCCGGCAGCUCCAGUCGCAGAUAGAAUGCUGAACGGGGCGAAACUUUUGUGUGAAAAGUCUUAACAGGUGGAGCGCUAAGACGGAUGUAAACAUGUGAAUAAGAGUGUUACACUGAAUAUUCUCAUCUGAUGCUGCUUAACUAAUUGUACAUAAAUAGUAUAAAUCUGUAUAUGUGUACAUGUAUGUUGAUAUCUGACAUUCCUUUAUUGUUUGGAAGAAAAUGUGACUUUCACUUACUUAUUCUUAUCAAAGUCCCAUCAUUCCAUAGUAACACUGUGACAAUCUCCUCAUGCCUAAGAGAAGUCUUACUUGCCUAAAUCACAUUAGGACUAAAAGAAAAGGAUGAAACAAUCAUUCAGUGUACAGUCAUUCAUUUCAGCGUCAUCCUAAGAUGCUUCUUGGAGUUUCAGAAGUAGUGAAAUGAUUUAGAAAUGUUCCAUUUGACAUUUAUUCCUUGAAUUCCAGACUACUGUUUCAUUAACUACAGUAUUCCCAGAUCAUUCCGUUUUUUCCUGCACUCUUCUGGGCUUCUUAACGUUGCAUUUCCAUUCCUUCAGGUUGUUAUUUACAUUGUUUGCACUGUUGUUUUUCUCCUAUUAAAUGGCAAAAGCUUCCCUGAAAACAGCACUUUUUGGGAUCUAAUUGUAAGAGCAAAGUUGUCGACUUUGCGUAUUUCAUUCGUGUCAUAUCAGACUAAGUGAUUGUAUUUCGGAAAAUAUAUUUUUUAAAUUGCUGGGUAAGAUUCGACCUUUGAGCUGGUGUGACGUUUCCUGCAUUAAAUGUCUUCUAAAACCCUGUUUAAUUGCACAUGGCUCGAUGUCGAUGUUCUUCGUCUCAUCUCGUUCACCAAAGAGACUUGUAGAUGGAGAGACUGUGAUACGAAUGUGUUUUUGACUGACAUUCAGAAGUUUAUGUCUGCAGAGCUCGACUGCAUAUCUGUGGUUACGGAGCGGAGAAAUGAUAUUCAUUUCGACUUUAUGACCAACGUAAAUAGCACUGCAAAUAUUAACAAUAAUAAGCUAUGUAUUAGCUUUGCAUGUCUGACAUUGUGUCUUUAUGCUGGAUGUAAUAAAUGCUAAUGUCAUCACCUGCAAUUAAAGCCGUUUUUGUAAAA